AUGGCCCGAGUCGCCACCAUCGUGCCGCUGUCUCCGCUUGACCCCAACACCGCGCCCCGCGCGCACGCCGACGGCCUGAGCAGCCAUCAGCGCGAGCUGGAAGACCUCAUGUCAACUUUCUCACGGAUGCGCGAAGAGGCGUGCACGAGCUUCCAUCCCGCCGCGCACGAGUACCUACUGCGCGCGCUGUGGACGGCCGCCUUUGGCGCCGCGGACGCGGACGCCUUUGCGCCCUCGACGGAGCGCUGGAAGGACCUCGGCUUUCAGAGCGAGGAGGCGGCCAAGGACUUUCGCGGCGCGGGCGUGAUGGGCCUGCACCACCUGCUGGCGGUGGUCAACUCGGGCCGCGAGCUCCACACGGAGCUGGCGGUGCAUCUCUGGCGCGUCUGGUCCGAGAGGCCCCGCGACUUGAUGGGCUUCCCGGCGGUGCUCGACGAGGCGUGCGCGGACCUGCACGAGGUGCUGCAGGAGGCGACCGCGGCGGCGGCCGCCUGGGCGGAGGCGACCGACGCGGGGGCACGGCGCGCCGAGGAGGCGCUGAUGGCGAGGCGGCGCGCGUCGCGGCUCGGCGUGAGCCCGCAGGUCUUGGAGACCCUGGACGUGUGCGCCUCGGCCGUGUCGACGCUGAUGGGGCAGUGCGUCUGCUCGAACGGGAGGUGA